ACGUCAGGAGAAAGGAGUGUGGGGACCCACUACACACCCACCCGCACCAAAUAUUUUAAAUUCAUCAGGAAGCUGCUGGUAGCUUUCGUGGGAGAGAGGGAGGCGGCGGCAACAACAGCAGCAGCAGCAGCAGCAGGGUCGGGUAAGCCCAGUUCGGUGCAGGAGGAUUCUGCUGGCUCCAAGGAAACGGCCACAUUAUGUCAUCUGAUCAGACUUCCCAUUCUACCGUGCCGCCUCUUCAUUCUCCAAAGUCACCUGUAUGGCCUACUUUUCCCUUUAACCGGGAGGGAAGCAGGAUCUGUGAAAGGGGUAACCACCUUCUUCGGGAUUUACCUAGCCCCCUUCCCACCAAAAGAACCAGGACAUACUCUGCGACGGCUCGUGCCUCUGCUGGUCCUGUCUACAAGGGUGUAUGCAAACAGUUUUCCCGUUCCCAGGGCCAUGGUUUCAUCACCCCAGAGACUGGUACAGAGGAUAUAUUUGUCCAUGUGUCUGACAUUGAGGGGGAGUAUGUCCCAGUAGAAGGAGAUGUGGUCACAUACAAAAUCUGCCCCAUCCCACCAAAGAAUCAGAAGUUCCAGGCUGUGGAGGUGGUGCUUACCCACUUAGCUCCACACACAAAGCAUGAAACGUGGUCUGGUCAGAUAAUUGGCUCAUAAACUGCCUUUUUGUUUGUUUUUUUGAAGCCUGUGGGCCAACUCCACCAGGAAGUGGGGUUGGGUGGUGGUGUGGGUGGUGGAGCAGCUGCAGGAGCGAUGGAAGAGAAGCCAGGCUGGCGAUUCUUGUUUCCAGUGUGACAUGUUUGCGUUUAUAUCUUGUCU